UGUUGAAUAGCCACUCAGCAUCAUACAUACCAGCGGAAAUAUUAAAAUAUUGUAACUUUAUUUCAAGAACAUGCUCAGUAUUUGAUAGUUUGUCACCAGUUUAACUGCAAAUAUAAUUGUAAAUUUAAAAAAAACUUUAGACAGUUGACCGAAAGUUGGAGAGAGGAACGCAGUCGGAAAUAAUAACAAGCGUCAAGUGAAAGAGUUAUGGGAGCGUCACUUAUUGCCUUGUUCGUUUCAACAGUCUACAUUGUCCUCACAAGUUGGUUGGCAUUUUGGGCGAGGAAAUAUGCUAAGUUUUAUACACAAAGGCCCUUUUUACGAGCGCUCUUCCUCGAAGGAAUAGCCACUGCGGAACUAUGCGGAGCGUGCUUUGAACUUAUUAUAAUCGCUGACAAUUGGGGAGUCUCGAUGUAUGCCAUUUAUUUAUUUGUGUUGACGAUCUGGUGGUCAAAGGUCUGGGAAGACGCGACCGCUUGUCCUUACACGCACCUAGAAGAGCUUGUCGAGGGUAAAAAAUCUCUACGAGACGCUUUUCUAUUAAUUUGGGCCGAGCUUGUCGGCGGUCUGGCUAUCUUCAGAUAUAUUCAAUUACUUUGGGCUCUGGAGAUCGUUUCCACUCACAAGAACCGAGCGUUUGAUGAUUGCUCCACUGAUUUACAAGUACCGGUCAUUUUUGGAGCUAUCGUCGAAUGUGUUGCGACAUGUAUUUGCCGUGUCGUUUCCCGGGGUCUCAGUGAAUUAGAUUCUAAGCUUGGUACUGUAAUUGAUGCAUUUGUUGGCACAACUCUCGUCGUCGCAGCCUUCAACUACUCUGGAGGUUACUUUAAUCCAGCAUUAGCAACCUCAUUAAAGUACGGCUGUCUAGGAACCACGUUCAUGGAACACGUGAUUGUUUACUGGGUCGGAGCUUGCGCUGGUUCUAUAUUAUCUAUCCGAGUUUACCAGUAUCCAGCCAUCCAAAGUUUCGUUCAAAAGCACAAACUCAAGUCCCACUGAGCCUGAAGAAAUAAAAAAAUGAAUUACAUUAAUUUAAAAACUAGUUUUAAGUAUUUCAAUUUGUAAAUAAGGGCUUCCAUCCAGACAAUAAAAAAUAUUUUAUUACUAAAA